AUGACCCCGGAGAAGGUGCUGCGGGAGGGGGUGCUGGAGAAGAGGAGCGGGGGGCUGCUGCAGCUCUGGAAGAAGAAGCGGUGCCUGCUGACGGAGAAGGGGCUGCAGCUCUUCGAGCCCAAGGGGUCGCGGCGCAAGGAGCUGAGCUUCGCCCGCAUGAAGGCGGUGGAGUGCGUGGAGCGGAAGGACAGACACAUCUACUUCACCGUGGUGAUGGACGACAGCCUCGAGAUCGACUUCCGCUGCGCGCAGGAGGCCCCCGGCUGGAACGCAGCCAUCACCAUGGCGCUGGUGCGCUUCAAGAACCAGCAGGCAGUGCAGCUGGUCCGCGCCCGCCACAGCUGCCGCGCAGUGGUGCACCUGGAGGCGGCCCCGGUGGGACAAUCUGUGGCCAUGAAGCAUCCCAAGAGCAGGAUGGAGCUGGCCCUCGGCUCGGUGCGCGGUGGUGAGAACGGGAUCCCAGCAGGCAAGUGAGGCCACCACGGUCUGCGGCCCGGGGACAGGGACGGUGGCCUCGGCGGGGGGAGGGUCAGCGCUGGCGCUGGCUCCUCAUGCCCUGGGGCAGGACAGAGGCACCGCAGGAGCCAGGCUGGCUCAGCUGCGGGGGCCAAGCCACAUCCUCUUGGCGUGAUGGGACUAAGGACGCAGUCGCCUGCAGCUCCAAACGCGGCGGGAGGUGACAGCCCUGCCGGAGGCUCAUCCUCCUCCAGCUGGCAUGGCCAGGACCUUGGUGGAGCCGUGGACUCCUGGGCCUCUCCUGCGGGGCAGGGGAUGAGGCUGAGCCCAAAGGAAGCAGCGCGACAGUGAGCUCUGCCCAGCUGCCAGUGACUCUGGGACUGAUGGACACGACUGGGGACAUCCUCCCCCCGAGCCCCUUGCCGAGGAGGGGCUGGAGAGCUCUGCUGCGGCAGGGACCCCUCUGGGCGUCGUACCCGACGGUGCCGUGACACGGCCAUGCUGCUGGACACUGUCCUUGGGCUACUGGGGGGCUCGGGGGAGGCAAUGAGGACCUUCACUCCCUGUACCCAAAGUGUCCCCAAACAGGACCUUCUGCUGCUUC